UGGUGCUGGGCCCUGCAUCGCUGGUUGACUCCGUUUAAUAAGUAAAGGUUUAUCCCUUUCUAGUUUCUACCUUUCAGAUCCAAUCUAGAGCUGGCAGUACCAAAGAGCUUCAAAGACAGCUGAGCUAGACGCACAGGAUGUUGGGCACAGCAGCUGCACAAGCAAUUGGGAAUUUGGUGACACCAGCAGUACAAGCUGGGGAUGGGAUAAUAGGAUGUUUGGGGCGCAAAUAUGGUUAUGUGAGAAAUCUCAGUGAAAACAUUGUCAUUCUUGAACGAGAAGAAAGAUAUCUCCUUAGUAAGGAGGCAGAUGUAACUACAUUGCUGGACAGGAAAGAACAAAUAAUGGAGAGGACCCGUGAAUGCACAACCUGGCUUGAUGAGGUUCAAGAAAUGAAAGGCAAAAUCCAAGAACUGAGAAACAGGUAUCAGAAUACAAGCAGAUGCUUUUGUGGACUCUGUCCAUUUCCUUCUCUCCUAAAGCUUGGUAAAACUACAGUGACAAAGACUGCAGAGGUGAUUGAUCUAAAGAGUCGAGUAGAAAACAUAACUAUAAUGGUUGAAAGGGCACCGUCACCAAUCCCAAUAAGGAAGCAUCCUGAGAAGAUAGGUAAUGUGCCAUCACUUGAUGAGCACGUAGAAAUGCUAAUAAAGUUGCUAAAAGAUGACAAAUUGAAGAGAAUUGGGGUAUGGGGACUACCAGGAGUGGGCAAAACAAUGGUAAUGGAAAAGUUAAACAACAAAGUACAUGAAAUUCAGUUGUUUGAUGAUAUCUUUUGGGUAACUCUUUCAAAAGGGGGGAGUGUGAGAAAGAUACAGCUAGCAAUUUUGGAGCAGUUAAAAGUAGAAGUGAAAGGGAUCCAUGAUCAAAUGGCAGACAUAAUAUCUGAAAUUCUGGUUAACAAGAAAUAUCUAUUGCUUCUCGAUGAGGUUUUCUCAGAAAUUAAUCUGAAAGAAGUUGGCAUUCAUGACGACCAUGAACAUGGAGCAGUGAUAUUUGCCUAUAGAGAUAGAGAUUUUUGUUGUUUAAUGGAUGAUCAUAUUAAGAUUGAAAGAUUAUCCAAUGAUGAUGCAAAAAACUUGUUCCGAAAAAUAGUGGGAAAUAUCAUAGAUCGACCAACCUACAAGAAAAUUGCAGACAGAUUACUGAAGGAGUGCGGUGGGAUGCCGCAAGUGAUCAAGUUAAUAGCAUAUAGUUUGAGAAAUGAGGAUGAUCCAGCUGUGUGGCGUCAUCUAUUGUCUGAUAUGCAAUCACCAGGCACGGAACCCGUGCAAGAAUUGCAAGAAGUUUACAAGGCAUUUAAACUUAUUUAUGACAAGCUACCCGUGGAUAAGAAGCCUUGCCUAUUGUACUGGGCAUUUUUUCCCCCAGACUAUGAAGUUUACCAGGAGUACUUGAUCGAGUGCUGGAAAGCUGAACAAUUUAUUGUUGAAGCUAGAAAGCUUGGAGAUGCUCGUGACAAAGGACAUGCUAUAAUAAGGGAAUUUGAAAAGAAAUCUUUGUUGGAAAGGGGUAGAAAAGCAGGACACUUUAAGAUGCCUCUGUUUCUCCGACGCAUGGCUCUUAAGAUCAUGUACCAGGAAGAGAAGGAUUCAAAGUUUUUGGUAGGUGAUGGUGAAGAGAUAGAAGAACAACCAUUAGAGGAAGAAUGGGAAGGUGUGCAAAGGGUGUCAUUGAUCAGUCAGAAAUUAUAUAAUCUACCUUGUAGGCCUGCAUGUACCAAAAUCUCAACAUUACUACUACAAAAAAAUCCAAGCUUGACAAAAAUUCCAGAAUUAUUCUUUGAAUACAUGUGUGACCUUCGAGUUUUGGAUUUGUAUGAUACAAGGAUCAUAUCAUUGACAUCAUCUAUUUCUAGCUUGAUAAACCUAAGGGUGCUAUAUCUAAACAAUUGUAGUGAAUUGGAGGAGUUGCCUCCUGAACUAGAGAAACUAAAGAGUCUUGAAAUCCUUGAUAUUCGCUGCACAGGAAUUCUCACCUUGCCUGAACAACUUGCCCAAUUGACUAGUUUGAAAUGUUUAAGAGUUUCAUUUAAGCAGAAUUUUGGUUGUCCCAAUCACAUCAAUGGCCAACAGGAAGAGAUGAUUCCUUCUAAUGUAAUUGCAAGUCUUUCUUCAUUACAAGAGUUGAGUAUUGAUGUGAAUUUCAAAAACCAAAUUUGGAACCAGAUUGUAGAUAGAGUUGCUGAGGAAGUUGCUAGCUUGGAGGCAUUGACAAGUCUUUGUUUCUACUUUCCAAGACUCAGUUGCUUUGAAACUUUCAUUGAGAACUGCAUAUCUUGGAAAAAAAAUAGCAUGGGGUGGGAAGGUAACGGCUUUAGAUCAUUCAGAAUCCUAGUUGGCAAUCACAAGGCAGACAAUUUUCUUGGAUUUGAUUUUUUUGGAUACACAGCUGAACGGCAUUUAAGAUUUUCUGUUGUAGAAGAAGAUAUUCCUUUUGCACUUUCAAAGAUACUCAAUAAAGCUCUAAGUUUUGAACUCAUUGGUCGUCAUCAUGCUAAGAACUUAUCAGUAUUUGGCACUGACUAUUUGAAAGAGGUGGAAGCUUGUACAAUUGAAGAAUGCAAUGAAAUAGAAAGCAUCAUUGAUGGUGGCAUGGCCACUGGUGUCUCAUUUGAAUUCUUGCAAAAGCUACACCUAAUCAACCUCCCAAAACUGGUGAGUAUCUGCAAAGGCUCAAUUCACCCAACUAGCCUCACUAAACUCACAACUUUGACACUGAAAAGCUGUCCAAAGCUAAAAUGCCUUUUCCCAGGAGAUUUGGUCCAGCUACUCUGUCACUUGCAGGAUUUACAAGUUGAGGAUUGUUCUGCGAUUAAAGAGAUCAUUGAAGAUGGAAUCAUAGUUCAAUCUGAAGCCCUUCCCAGAUUGAAGAACAUGGAACUAUGCAACCUACCAAGAUUGUUUAGUGUAUGUGAGGAUGCCUCGUUUGAAUGGCCCUCUUUGGAGAUUAUGAAGAUCAAGACUUGUCCAGAGCUGAGGGAUUUACCGUUCAGUGUUGAAAAUGCACCAAAAUUGAAAGUGAUUGAAUGCACUAUAAACUGGUGGAGCAACCUAAAUGACUCUGUUAAAGAUCGUCUAAAAGACCUUCACAGCUUCACUUGAGGAAACCUUAAAUGGACCUAGAGGCAGGGACCAAAAAGUGGAGAUUUCUCUCUCCUUUCACUGUGUCUGAGAGCUGGAGGCUGUAGUUAGUUCUGGACUACUUGGCAAACGUGGUUUUACCUUGGACUUUGUGCAUCACAAAAAGCAUGUGCUAUAUGAUUUUUGUAUGUGACUUUGAUAUUAUAGCAGUUUUUAUUUUAUUUAUUUAUUUAUUUUUUUCAGUUGCAAGCUUGUGGCAUUGUAUUCCUGACUUUGUGAGGAAGAUUAUUCUUUCAAAAGCCUUUUAAUCUUGGUGUUGGGAUUAAAAUAAUAAUUAAUAUGAAACAGGUAGCUCUAUAAAAGAUGUUCAGUUGGAAAGAUGCAAGUGACAGAAAUCCAAGCAAAAUAAAUAAAAACCGGGAAUAAUGCCUAGAAUGUUGGCAAGCUGCGUUAAUUUGGUAUGAUUCGAAGCGGUUAAGGAAAGCGUGGGACAGUUUACUUGAGGAAAUUACAAAAACAAGUGACACAAGGCAUUGAUGCAGACGACUUUGGAGCAAUUGCUUCAGAGAAGUUACAAGAGCUUAUCAGAACCAUUUGAAGCGACACAUGAAAAGCAUAAUUGAUGGUAACCUUUAAGCAUAAAUAGAGGCUCAUUCUAUGGAAGAAGACACCACGACACACCAGAGAAGUUAUUGAGAUCAUUUGUGUUUCUCAAUAGAUCUUCUACUUCCUAGGAGUAGCGAAGAAUUUUUUAUGCUUGUAAAUG